GGAGCGCUCGUCCCUUAUAUCGAAGGAGCUUAAACGCGCGUUCGACUUUCGAACUUUUUUUUUUACAGAAUAAGGAUGUUUUAGUUUUCGAAUUUAUUUUUUUCGUUCGGAAUUUUUUGUGUUUAUUGUUUAAAUUUCAAAUUGUGUUCUUAAUUAUUUUUUUUUUGUUUUUUUUUGUUUUUUUGUUUUUGUGUGUUAUGUGUUCGUGUCGUUUCUGCCGGUUGGACGUAAAGUUUUAGUUCCACUUCGAAGACAAUUGUCACGAUGAGUGUCGCCGGCGGGAAGGGGGGCCGGAGGAUCCCCACUCCGAUGCCCCCUCCGAAGGAGAGCGUUCACUACCCCAGGUGUACACCUCAACUCGUGUGUCCUGACGCCUCGUAUAAGUUGAGCCCACACGAAAUGGAAGCUUUAAAUGCGGUGAAAGCAACCGCUCCGAAAAUGGACCGCAACGGUUACUUCUUCUACGUGGCUUCGACCGCGAAAAAAAAGAAAAUCAGCCUAAUGCAACCGAAGCCGCCGCGAGUGGCCUUCAUGGAGGAUAAACGUCGGCCGGGCGCGGCAGAAAGGCUGGCAUCCAUCAGUGCGGCUGAGAACGUCGCCCCGUACGGUACAGGGGGCUCUAUGACGCAACGGGGCCCUUCGCCGGCGCCACGCGCGCGUUUAUACACGCAACUUGAAAGUUAUCAACCGAAAUAUCAUACGAUACGUGACAGUGGCGUGAGGGAUGAGUGCCGGAGGCGAAGGAAGGAUAGGAUUACUGGAUACCCCCAGCCCGGAAACAGGUCAUCAUCGACCAAGUGCAGCAGUGGUGGCUCUCCUCAUAGAGAAAGACGUAGGCGUGAUGAAGAUUCUUCCAAUGGCUUUAGCGCAGCACUGCAUCGCGCGGCACCACCACCUCCUCCCGGCUUGCUACGGAGGCUCGGAGUGAAGGAAACAACUGGAGUUGGAAAGGUAAAAGUGAUGCUGCGGGUCGGAGCGUCCGGAGAUGGUCCUUUCACGAGCGGCAACCAGACCUUCGCCAUGGACAAGCGGAAGAAACAAGUCAGCCUAUGCGAAGCAACGUCGGCUGCUUCAGCUCCUGAAGACAGAAAAGUCGGAGUGACAGCUCCCAAGAUGUUCGCCUUCGAUGCUAUUUUCUCGCAAGACGAUCCACAGACGGAGAUAUGCUCGAGCGCCCUGACGGACGUGAUUCACGCAGUCAUCAACGGUACCGACGGAUGCCUCUUUUGUUUCGGACACGCGGGGCUUGGUAAAUCCUACACGAUGCUGGGUCGGCCGGACUCGACACCGAAUCUCGGCGCGAUACCGUGCGCGAUCACAUGGCUGUUCCGAGGCAUCGCAGAGCAGAGGCACAAGUGCGGCACAAGAUUUUCCGUGCGAGUUUCGUGCGUGGAACUCUGCACAAAUACAAAUCAAAUACGAGAUCUGUUGGCGCCAUAUCAAAAUGAUACGGAGCAAUCUCCAGGAGUCUACCUUCGAGACGAUCCUCUUUUCGGUACCCACCUCCAGAACCAGUCAGAGCUUCGAGUUCACAGCGCAGAAAAGGCUGCAUUUUAUCUGGAUGCGGCUCUAGCUACAAGGGGGAUUAAAGAAGAGGGAAAAGAUAGCCAUUUGCUGUACACUCUACACGUUUACCAAUACAGCGUUGGAGGGAAAGGAGCAGUGGCUGGGGGUCGAAGCCGUCUUCACCUCAUUGACCUUGGAAACUCUGAACGUGGAAAAACGAAUGGCGGCAUUCCCCUUUCGGGAUUAGGAAACAUUCUGCUUGCUAUUUUUAACGGUCAACGACAUCUCCCUUAUCGGGACCACAAUCUAACUCACGUACUAAAAGAAUGUUUAGGUUCUCUGACAUGUCACACUGCCAUGAUAGUCCACGUGUCUCCUAACGUCCAAAACUACUCCGAUACAUUAACUACUCUACAAUUAGCUUCAAGAAUACACAGAUUAAGGCGUAGAAAGCUCAAAUACUCUUCGAAUAACAAUGCUGGUUCUGGUGGAAGUUCAGGCGAAGACGCUUCAAAACCGAGCAGCAGCGAACCUGAUCCAUCGAGUAGUGAUUUAUCAGCUGACACAGUAAUAUACGUGGGUCCUAUGGACGAUGCUACCGAUGGUGAACAUCCUCCUGUUUAUAUUCCUCAUAUUAACUCUGGAGACAACAGAUGUAUCCUUAGCAAAGCUUUAAGAGGCUCUGCAGCAGAGCAAAAGCAUAAGUCUUCAUUAUCGAAGGUGGUUGAAGAGAAAAGUCCCAUUCAUAAAUUACACUCGUCUCCUAAAGCAUCUCCUUUGAAAACUAUACAGCCCGGUCAUACACCGAAACCAUCUCCCGUUCAUUCAGUUGCUUCAAAAUCGACUCCUUUAAAAAAAGCUGCUCCAAAACAAUACGUAGAAGACACUAAAAGUACUAGCGAUGAACAGUGGAUAGACGGGCCAAGGAUAUCGAAAUCGAAAUUGGUUGAGGCGAGACAUAUUAUCAAGGAGACCCAAAAUAAGAAACGUGAAACUUGGAUUGAUGGACCGAUGCAAGAACCCAAACUCCCGCCACCAUUUGACCCCUUAGCAAUUCAACCCAAUACGAUACCCCUUCAAGUUGGAGUGCUAGGAGUUCACGGCAGUGAAAACAUGGGUUAUGGAUAUAUGGAUAGCCACAAAAAAAAUAUGAUUCGAAAAUGGGUCGAAAAUCAAACAUCACAAAUCCACAAGUCCAGAAAUAGCUCGCCAAGUCACAAGAAUCAUAAAGAUAGCAUUAAGACCGGAGAUGAAUCUGAAACUAACAGAAUGGAAAUAAAAGAAAGUGUCAGACGAGCUCAUGUCGAAGAAUCUACGAUUAGAACCGGCUUGAAGGCUGGAUCAAAAGGAAAUAUGAUUGAAGAAGAAAAUUUAGUAUCAUCGGAACAAAAUGUAGUAGUGAAAAAAUCUAACAGCAAUAGUUCCAAAACAGGAAGAAAUGAUGUUGACGAAGACGAUGAUAGUGAAGAAUUAGCAGAAAUACCCCCAGCUUUGCCAUUGAUUCAGCCCAGCAGUCUGAAUAGUCGAGAAGUGUCCAUGGAGAGCUUAAAUAGUAAAUACAAGGAAAGAUUAAGAAUGGACGACGAAAUGUUGUCUAAUCACAGUAGAGAAAUUGAGAUUCACGGCAUGAGUAGAGGCCAUGAAGAUGAUGAUGAAGAUGAAUUUUUAGAGAUCAUAGAAGUAGAAGAGCCUCUGGAGCCGGUUCCGAUGCAGGACUGCUGCCUCCAAGUCACUGAGGAAGAUAUCGCUUUGUGUAUGGGAUUUGAUAACACUUUACCCGGCGACCCAGACGAUGAGGAUCACCCUCUCAGGAUACUCAGUCAAGAGAAUCUAACAGUUGCUUCAACAUUUACGGACACUUUUUCCUUAUACAGCGAAGUAGAAAGACAGAUCAGAAAAGAAGCAUAUUUAAGGCAAACCAUGGAAUUUUAUACUGAAAACUUUACAAGCGAUCAGCACCUCGGCGAUCUGAAUCCACAUGAAAGCUUACAUUCCUCGCGAUCUAGAAUAGACGACUACAUAAACGAUAUUUACGAAUCCCGACGAAUGAUAGAACACGAUGAAAUGAUAAAUACUAGAAUCGCACCUCAAUUCCAAUCCAUAUCACUGUGUAAUGUACGUGAUACUGAUGAUUAUCACGGCGAUGGUUCUGUAUAUAGUGAACCAGCAUAUCGUCCUAGUGAUAAGAUUUGUGAUAGUUGCAAACGAACCAUGUCCAGGCCAGGGAGUGCUGUAGGUGGAGCUUAUCACGAACCAGAUGGAUCUCACAACGACUGCUACGGGCCAUUCGAAAGGUACAGAGGCAACGACAUAACUGAUGCAAGAAUCGCAUCUCUAAGACACCCAGACGGUGCAUCCGACCCUAACUUGCGAGAAGAAAAACGAAUACCCGGAAACGGGGCGUGUACUUUUAAAGAACUAAAAUCUAAUUUGCAUUUGGAGGUGUCCCCUCCAGUUGUGACAACCGAACCUCGAUCCGAGAAACAUGAAAAGGGCGAUAAAUGCGUAGCCAGGAUAGUUGCCGGAUCGAAACCGGACGGAUACGAUAGCGGGCAUGAAUCAACUCCAAGAACCGGAAAACACAGUCCGGCCGCCACCUCGAGACGAGCCGAAUCCGGUUACGACUCUGUUCCAAGAGACUCAGACGCGUCAUCCUUAGACUCAUACCCGACUAGACGAGCCGCAGUCGCACGGGCGCACGCUAAAAAACACACCACAGCGAAAUACAAACAGCACAACGAUCGUUCAUUCUGCUCGUGGCUAAGGAAUCCGUUCACGUGCAAAUACGCUGACACCGAUCCAGAAAUCAGCGAUUUUUAAUUCCCUAUUUACAUAAUAUCAAUAAUCUGAAUUAGUCAUUACGUAUCAUUAAGCUACAUUACCGAAUUUAAUCUGGAGACUGCUUUUGUACUCGUGUUUAAUGUGGAUAGCUUGGCGCUGUACUCAUGAGGUUACCACUGUAUUUUUCUAUAACAAUAUCUGCUUCUGUGCUACAACGAGGAAUUUUAAUGGCUUCGUUCAUUGUAAAUAUAGAUGCAACGGAUUUUAAACUCGUUGCUCUCCGAGUUCCGGCUCAUUUUGUACUUUUAUAUACUCUCUUUUGAUAAUCUCAGUUUGAAUUCAAUUUUUACACUCGAUUCUUAACUGUUUAUAAGUUUUUUUUACAUCUCAUAGUCUUCCUCCGUCUUCCCUUUCGUUUAUUCGCGAAAUGAAUACUUGAAGUUCUUAAGUAUAUCCUUAAUAAUAUCUUUCCAAUCUGUCUGCAAAGCUGUCUUUUCUAUCAAAAUGAGCAACAAACACGAUAGCUAUUUGUCAAUAAUAAAAAUGUAUUCGUAACAUCAUAAUUCGAUCAUUGAAUGAUUUUCAUUGUAAGAAUCAACGUUAUCAUUGUAGUGUAAAAAUAAAUGCUAAAAUGAUUUUCGUAACUCUUAUUUUUACUGCAUGCGUAGUAGUGAAGUUCCUUUAUGUAAUAUUUAAUGUUGAUUUGUUACGAACACUUGUAAAAAGACACUUGCAAGGGCCAUAGCUUUACGGGGAACGUUGUAAAAGUAGUGAAUUGACGUAAUAUCGCUUGUUACGUCAAUGUUUUUGUUAUAGUACUAUUAAUAUUGAAUAUAUGUAUAUCCUAAAUUUUAUUCUACUAUGCGUUCGUAUUAGUUUACAAUAAA